CGGAUAUGAUUUGGCUGGUAACUCGAAGUUUCAACAUUCAGGGUCACUUUUCAGAGGUAUAUCUUUUAUUUGCUUGCCGGCGUCUAGAUAUUCCUCAGGGGCCAGCUACUGCAAUGGAGGAAGAUCGUAGGAAGCGCUCGCGCUUCGAUCAAACCGAACCAGCUCGCGAUCGACAUGGAAGUGACGAACCCAGACGUUCUCGUUUUGACCGCCGUUCAAGGUCCCCAAGUGGUCGCGACUCUCGAUCCCGUCGGAGCCGUAGUCCAAUAAAUAGGGAGACCGCAAGCCCAGCUGUGGACGAAAAGAAGGCAGGAUCUGGGGACCCUGCUGCUGCCGCUGCUGCCGCCGCUGCGAGAAUCAACGCCCAGAUCCAGGCCAGAAAGGGCAUUCAGCAUGUUGAUGUGCCUCCGAUUCGCUCGUCAGCAACGGGAAGCCCUGUUGGCAAAGCUUCCUCCCCUCCGGCUGGUUCAGAACAUAAAAAUGGCGAGACGUAUAUCUCUGACGGCGACUAUAUCCGAGACAUUGAAGUAAACGACCUUCGCAACCGAUACACCCUGACCAAAGGCUCCACGCAGAAAAUGAUCAAAGAUGAGACUGGCGCCGAUGUCACUACCCGAGGAAACUAUUAUCCCGACAAGAACAUGUCGACUCCUGCGAAUCCGCCGCUAUAUCUGCAUAUCACCAGCACAACCAAAGAAGGUCUCGAGAAAGCUAUCGCCAAAAUUGAAGAGCUUAUGAAACAGGAACUCCCGAAUCUGGUUGAUGAACGACGAUUCCGCAGGAGAGAGCCCGACCCUGUUGAAAGAGACGAGUUUGGACGGCGCAAAUGGCCCGAGGAGCGCAUUCCCGUGGGACUUGAACCUAUUCCAGGUUUUAACUUGCGUGCACAAGUUGUUGGACACGGAGGUUCAUAUGUCAAACAUAUCCAACAAGAGACUCGUUGCCGAGUGCAGAUCAAGGGGCGCGGCUCGGGUUUCAUGGAGCAUGGCACAAAUCGUGAAAGCGAUGAGCCCAUGUUCCUGCACGUGACUGGUCCGGACCCACGUGAAGUGCAGCAUGCAAAGGAACUUUGUGAGGAUUUACUUGGAAAUGUCAAGGAGCAGUACCAGCGCUUCAAGGAUAAUCCUCCGCCUUCCCAUGGCUACGGCGGUUACGGUGGCGGUUACGGUGGCGGCGGUCAUAACCGAAUGUCAGAUCGGCAGGGAAGCUAUGGUGGCUACAAUAGCUAUUCGAACUCUCCUGUAUCCGCUAUGAGCCCUUCAACGCAAGCACCUGCUGCAGCGGCGGCGGCGGCACCUGGAGUGUCUAGCCCUGCGGAUUACUCGGCGCAGUAUGCCCAAUACUACGCUUCUGGUCAAGAUCCAUACGCCGCAUAUGGUGGAUAUCAGGGUUACGUCGCUGCUUACCAGCAGUAUUACCAACAGGCUGCGGCUGCACAUCAGCAGCAGCAACAGCAAAAUUCUCCUCCUCCGCCUCCCGGGGAAUCACCACCCCCUCCUCCUCCCGGCGGUCAGCAGCCACCGCCGCCUCCGCCCUCAGGAUCCCCGCCAGGCGGCAUGUACAGCGCGGUUCCACCACCUCCUGGUUUGUAAUACUAGCUUUUGGAAGAAACUUCUUUUCUCAUGGUCUGCAUGCGAUCGCUGCCCGUUUUAGUUGGUGGUGUUUUCGCAUUGCAUCUGAUUCUUCGAUUAUCCUUGCUGUCUUAACAAAAAGCGUCCUUUGACGACGAUUCCAUAGGACAGUGAAAGAGAGAUAGGAUAUGCAGCCAAAAGUAUCGAAGGGCGUGGCAGUAUCCUGCAAGUAUUCUAUUCACUCAAAAGAAUAUUGUUCCCGUGGCUCAUUCUUCUGUCAAGACUCAGCGGUCUUUUUAUUGCAUUCAUUGUACUGAUAAUAUUUGCAGCCUUCGAUCAAUCCGAUUGAGGCGCUUUGAACUCCAUCAGCUCGCAACUGCAGGAGAGCCUGGAGAAUAUUGCUCGUGUUUCGUGACUUUUUCUUGGGAAGGAUGAAGGCCCAAACUUAAAUUCUGUUUUAUUUAAAUGCUACAGCUAAGAGUUGACGUUAGUAGUC